ACGGAGCCGUACUCAAUGACGAACGGGGAGCAAGAGCAGUACCAGGAAGGAGAAGAAAGCGGAGGCGAAAGCAUGGAUUUUCAGUCUGAUGGAGGAGAAGAGGAGGAGGAAAGCGAGGACUCAAGCAAUGGUGAAGAAGUCGAGUCACCACCUUGCAACGAAAAGCAUUCCAAACAUAAGCACGACCCAUCAAGUAUCCACGGCGAAGUAGCUAAGCCGACCGGACAGACUUCGAAGCGCACUCGGACCUCUUCGCCUGUGCCGACUGAGAAGGCUCCAAAGCAGCCAAAAGUUGCAGAACCAAAGCCUCGGAAGACCCUGCCCAAGAUCAAGAUCGACGUCCCCGUCACUUCUGCAGCUGCUACCUCUGGGACUUCUGCUUACAGGGAUGAUGACGAGGAUGUGGAAGACGCGGUCACUUCUAACCCGGCUCCUCCCAAUGUCAUUGAUCUUCCAGAUGACGAUGAGGAUGUGCCGCUGAGGCCCAGGAGGAGUAAGAAGACAUCAACUGGCAAGGUGCCCCAGUCGACACUAGUGAUGGAGCCAGUGAUCCAGGAGACCGGCGAUGCCAACCGAGCUUCUGUGACUUUUGCCGUACCAUUGUCGAGUGCUCAGCCUUAGACGUCGACUUCUCAGAUCCCAACCGAUACACCGUCUCCAAUCUUCACUAUGUAUCGCGUCUCGGAGGACCAAGUGGGUGCUGCCAAGGAGGCCAUAUGCAUCAUGAUGGAGCAGACGAAGGUGGUUCGAGGGGCCAGUCAAGCUGCUUAUGAUGCCAGCUCAGCUCUCCGGAGCAACGUCCAGAGACAACUCAAUCUUGACUUGGAGUUGGCUAAGCAGAACUUGCAGAAGGCCAAAGAUGAGACAACCGAUAUGGAAGAGAAAAUGAAGCAGGCUCUGGCGAAAAAGGACCUCGAUCUUGCUGCUGCGCAAAAGGAGGCUCAGGAGAAGACUGUACUUGCUGACAAGAAACUGGCCUCAGUGGGUGCGCUGGAGGAAGAAAACACCAAGUUGAAGACAUCCCUUAAUGAGUCCAACCGAGAAGUGACUCUUCUGAAGAAAGACAAAGUGGCUUUGAACGAGAAGAUUGAAGGCAUUUCUCGUAAGAGAAAUGAUCUCGAAGCUUAUCUGGGGGCACUCACCAAGAAGCUAUUCCUUGUGCUCGAAGAAUUCUGCCAAAACUUUGAAGAAGAAACCAGACGAAUCGAUACAGGCCUGGACCCCGUCCUUUCCCCUGUUGGUGAUGAAGCUACCAUGAACGUGCUCCGACUGGAAUCCCGUGUUUCCAGUGUUACGGCCUACCUUGCUCACCUGAAGGUUGCGGUGUCGCAGAUUGGCUCAACGCUUUGGCCACGGGAGACGCCCCAGAAUGACCUCGAGUCUUUGAUGACUCGACUCAACGAGAUCCCUGGCCGAGUGUAGGAGUGGAAGAAGUCGUCUGCUCGCUGCAGUGCUGACGUAGCUCUGUCGCUAGUUCGAGUCCACUUCAAGGAAGCCAAGGAGGAGAAGCUAGCAGCGAUCAAGGUUGCCAAUACGAGAAAACAUGACUUCCAGUCCUUCAUGGA